CAAGAAAAAGACACGACAGUUCUGAACAAGCUGAUUAUUUGUGUGUCCGCUAAUCGUUUCAUCAUUCAAUUCAUUCAAAUUUAUUUAUUUGUUCAUUGCGCAGUUUUAUAUUCCUAUCGAAACAAAAACGCAAAUCCAUGUUCUCGUUUUUUAAAAGUAAGAAACCUAGCCCGGAUAACAGCCCCGCUGAGCCCAUUCCUGGUCCGAUUCCACCGACACCGAAGGAAGAUGAUUUCAUUUUCGUGGAACGCAAAAGUUCUAACCCACCCAGUGUAGCCGAUUCACCUUCACAUGGCAUUUAUCCAAGCAUCCCGGUAGCCACCGGUGCAGGUAGUACAGGCAUUGCCGCCGUACGACAGCGAAGUGAGGAGAAAACUAGCCAUAUUUUGCACGGGGUGCCAUUCAAACUUUCGCCCGGUCUGGCCAAGGACACCAGCAUGGAAGUUACGCAGUAUCAGCUCAACGAAAUACUAAACUUUAUCGGACGGGUAACGAAUGCUCAGCUCGGUUACGGUUUUAGUCUAGAGAGGAGUGUGUUAAACGAUUAAUAGAUUAUGUCACUGUAUGUAUUUCCUACGUUUAUGUUUAGUUAUAUCAAAUUAAAGAUUCUAUGAGAUAUA